AGAGUGGCAUGAGGAAGGCAGUGUGAUGUAAAGAAAAAGCAUAGACCUGGGGCUCAGAUCUUGUGACAGCAUUCCUGUGGCGGGAGACCCUGAAGUCUGAACCGGGGCCAUGGAGGGCUCUGUGCUGAGCCCCACAUCCUGGGAGAUGCGGCGGGCCUGGCUCCGGCAGAGCCGCCACUGGCAGACCCAGGUCCUGGAGGAGGAGGCCGCGGCUGCCCUGCAAGAUGUCUCAGAUCCUGAGCCUGCCAGCUUGGAUGAUGUUUUCCAGGAAGGGAAUCCAGUCAACAAGAUUGAAGACUGGCUGCAGGAUUGCGGAUACUCUGAAGAAGGGUUUUUUGAGGAAACAGGACAGUCAAGCUACAAUGGGUGCCUCAGCCAUGGAACCAGCUUUGAAGAUGACUUGACCCUAGGAGCAGAGGCCACACUGUUGGCCACCAAUGGCAAAGUCUUCUCCAGGAGUUUCCUAGACCCAUCCCGGCCCUGGCAACUCCUCGAUCUUGGCUGCAGCUUGGCUUCCAGCAGCAUGACUGGUGGCACCAACAAGACUAGCUCAAGCAUCUCUGAGAUUCUGGACAAGGUGCAAGAAGAUGCAGAGGAUGUCCUCUUCAGUCUGGGCUUUGGCCAAGAGGACCACAAGGACACUUCACGGAUUCCUGCCCGAUUUUUCACCACCCCGUCUCAGGCCAAAGGCAUCGAUUUCCAGCUCUUCCUGAAGGCCCAGGUGCAGAGGAUAGAGAUGGAGGACCCUUGCCUCAUGCUGGCCAGCAGGUUUAAGCAGGUGCAAACACUGGCUGUCACUGCCGAUGCCUUCUUCUGUCUCUACUCCUAUGUGUCUAAGACACCUGUCCAAAAGUUCACACCCUCCCACAUGUUCUGGAAUUACAACCCAACUGAUGUGCCAUCCAUCAGGAUUCUGGCUCCAGAACCUGAACCUCACUCACCCAGAGAGCGCCUCCGGAAAGCCAUCUCCAAGAUGUGCCUGUAUACAAGCCCCAGAGAUCGGCUGUCACCACCCUAUAAUAUCCCCAAAAGGAACAGUUUGGACCAAGUGGUGUGGGAAGUGAUGGACAGAGUGAGAGGAGAGAAGCUGGUCUUCCAGCAAGACCCUGGGUUUGGGCCAGGCUCAGAGGAAGAUCCUGUGCCACUCAUCAGGGAUGCAAAGCUGCCCACUUCUUCUGGUCCAUGUGCCCUUUGCCCCAAAGAGGAAACACAGCAGGGGUUGUCCCCAGUGCAAGCACCAUCACAAACUCUGGAUCCUAAACCAGAGGCAACCUGUUGCAUGCAUUCUCUGCCUGGAGCAGGUCUGCAGUGGAGCACAGACCCUGCACCUGUGAAGAGAGAGCUGUGGGGUCUACAAGCCACCAAUAAGGAAGUCCAUUUGGCCAAGGAUGAGACUUUCUGGAAAAGAAAGAGCAGAGCAAGAAAGAGCUUGUUUCAGAGGAAUCCCAUGAGCAGGACGGUUAAGUCAUUGGAACUGUCCAUCAUCCAGCAGAGCCAAGAGCAACCAGCACUGCACCAAUCUCUAACCCAGCAGCUGCAGGACACUUGUGACUUGGAGGAGGUGCAAAGCCAGAGUGAGGAGGAAGAGAGCGGCUGGCCCAACAGUCCCAGACACCCCCACCUAUAUCAGACUUUUGCUGGCAAAGACUGGAGAAAUGUCAGCCUCGCACAAGAAUAUGCCAAGAUAUCCACCAAGGCAGGCUGGGCGCAGGACCUAUCAGGUUAUACUUUUCGGGGCAAUACCUGCAAUAUCCAGGACACCAGUUCCCCUCACACAUCUGCCCCACCUUUGGCCAACUGUCAGUGUACAGAAAUAUUAGAACUGAAUUGCCAGGGAGAAACAUUUGCCUCGCUCUACCUCCUCCCGUACGCUGCUAAGGACAGCCAGGCAACUCCACCCGUGUCCCCAGUCACAAAACAUCCCCACAGUGACGGUGACGGGGGAAGGUGGGACAGAGCUCCAGGCUGGUCGCAGCUGGAUAACUGCUCACAGUUCCCGGGCCAAUCCGCAGUUCUCGCCUCUCCCCCUCUCCAGUGUGGUUACCGAGCGCCUUUGUCUCGGUCUUCUGUGACUUUCCAUGUGUGCAAUGGGAGAACUCCAUUUCCUAGCCCUCACCCAGCUCAGACCCUAACACCUCCAAACCCAGCCGUGCAAGGCCAGUUCCCAGAUGGCAAGGCUGCUUUCCUGCUUCUCACCUCCUAA